AUGCUAGUGGAUGCUGCUGAAAUUGCUAAGGAUUUGGAGAUACCACCAACCUUUGAGGCAGAACCACGAUUACGGCGGAGAAAAAAGCAAUUUGCAUAUGAAGCUGAAGAUGAGCCUGUGCAAGAUCCAAAACAAAAUUUCAAAGUGAAUUUUUUCUUUGCUAUACUUGACACAGCAAUAAGGUCGGUUGAAGAAAGGUUUGAACAAAUGAGAACAAUUGAAUCUGUAUUUGGUUUUUUAUAUCAUAUUCAUGGUCUACAGAGUAAAACUUCACAAGAAAUAUUGGAAUGUUGCAUGAAACUAGAAUCUGCUUUACAACAUGGUGAUAACAGAGAUUUAGUUGCAUCAGAUUUGUGUGGCGAACUACAGUCUAUUGCACGACGACUUUCUGAAGAAACAAAGUCUCCUCAAGAUGUUUUUCGAUUUAUUCUUUGCCAAAACUUGGAAGACAGUCUACCCAACCUUUGUAUUGCUCUUCGUAUUUUGCUGACAUUACCUGUUUCUGUCGCUAGUGGAGAGCGUAGUUUUUCCAAACUAAAAUUGAUAAAGACAUACAUUCGAUCAUCCAUGUGCCAAGACAGAUUGGUUGGGUUGGCAACUCUUUCCAUUGAGCACGAACUUGCAGACAAGCUGGACCUGAAGAUCCUUGUGAUCGAUUUUGCCCAGAAAAAGGCACGCAAAGUACAGUUUUGA